AUGUCUUCCACAACCCAAACCAGAUUCCUCAUCAUCUCAGACACACACGGCCACAUAUUCCCACCGGAAACGAUGCCACUCAUACCAGUCGACGUCCUCAUCCACUGCGGCGACCUCACCCACCACUCAAAAAUGGACGAAUACCGCCAAACCCUCAUCAUGCUCAAAGCCUUCAAGGCACCACUCACGCUCGUCAUCGCAGGUAACCACGACUUCUUCCUCGACACGGUGGCAUUCAAAGCAAAAAUCGAAGAAGCCAACCGCAUCUACGCCCCCGCCCCCCCUCGAGGCAGAUCUAAGGGCAUACUUCUUCUGGAUGAGGGUACUCACGAGUUAACUCUGGUGAACGGCGCCAGGCUCAAGGUUUAUGCUGGCCCGUACACGCCAUCAUCCUCGUCAUCAGAACGCUGGGGUUUCUCAUACAAUGAAAGCGAGGGACAUGUCUUCGAUAUCAAAACAGACACAGAUAUCGUCAUCACGCAUGGCCCGCCUCGUGGGAUCAUGGAUAUGUCUGCGGACCAGAAGCGCAUCGGCUGUUCGGAUCUCUUUGUCGCUAUUGCAAAGUCUCAACCUCGUUUACACUGUUUCGGACACGUACACGGCGGCUGGGGCGCAAAGAACGUAGCUUGGCGCCCUCAGAUCUCUGACAAACCCUCACAUUUUGGUGAUAUUGAUCACGGCAAGUCGGAGGUUGUUGAUAAUCUCGCAACUCUCGGGGGCACCCAGUUCGAAUCCGAGGAAGACAAGAUUACAAGGGAAGGGAAACUCGAGCGCUACAGGUGGCAAAGGUGCUGUAGCGCAGGAUACCUUCGCGCCGAUAUGAGCUCGUCGGAGCCAAAGAGCACCAUGUUUGUCAACGCCGCGCUCGAGGCAAACGGUGAAUUACAACGCUUUCCUUGGAUCAUCGAUAUUGACCUGCCAAGGAGCGAAAUAUGCAUGGCGCCCAAGACGGAGGGGAAGAGGAAGCGGGAGGAAUCGGACCGAGAGAUUGUAGAAGCAAGAGAACUCUCGGAUAGAUCGUAGGCGUUGACAUCUAGGGCGAUUCAGGGGCAUAGCAUGGCGUUGUGGCAGCUUUCAUAUUAGAC